UCCUCAUAAUGUUUACCUAUAUUCUAUAUACCGUUGUUACGGGUUUGGCAAUUUUGCCAUUGUUGCUUUACGCGAGAAACCCUUAUUUUUUAAGAGAUUUAAAUUACGCAAUCACUGCUAUUCAAAUCGCCACACGCGUUGGCAAGUUCAAGAGGCAGAAACCUUUUUACAGUGUUUUGGACAGUUUUCUCGACAAAGUGGCGAAGCAGCCGCACAAGAGGUUCAUACUGUUUGAGGAAAGCUCCUACACUUACAGCCAAGCCGACAAAGAGAGCAACAAGGUGGCCAGAGCUCUGUCGACGCAUGCCCAACUGAAGGAGGGCGACACGGUGGCCCUGUUCUUGGGUAACGAACCGCAGUUUGUGUGGCUGUGGCUCGCACUGGCCAAGCUGGGAUGCAUAGCUUCUCUACUGAACAACAACAUCCGAUCCAAGUCUUUGCUGCAUUGCUUCUCCUGCUGUGAAGCCAAGGUCCUGGUCACUGGUGCUGAAUUACGAGGGGCCGUGGAGGAAGUGUUGCCCACCUUGAAGCAGCAGGGCGUCCGUGUGUUUAUCCUCAGUGAUGACUGUGAUGUGGAAGGCAUUGAAAACCUCUCUGAUAAAAUCCAGCAGGCCUCAGACCAGCCUCUGUCUCCUCAGCUAAGGGCCAACAUCAACAUUAAGAGUCCCGCGCUGUACAUCUAUACCUCAGGAACCACAGGGCUUCCCAAGGCAGCUGUAAUCAACCACGAGAGGCUAUGGAUGGCAUCUUUUCUUCAGUGGGUUGCUGGUGUACGCUCAGACGAUAUCAUCUACAUAUACCUGCCUCUCUACCACAGUGCAGGCUUUCUGAUGGGACUUUGUGGAGCCAUAGACAAAGGCAUCACUGUUGUUUUAAGGCGUAAAUUCUCUGCCACUCACUUCUGGAAUGACUGUAGAAAGUACAAUGUGACAGUCAUUCAGUACAUAGGAGAAAUUAUGCGCUACCUCUGCAACACCCCAAAGAGAGACAAUGACAGAGAUCACAAAGUCCGAUUGGCCGUGGGGAACGGGAUAAGGGCCGACACCUGGGCUGAAUUCCUGCAGCGUUUUGGGGACAUUCGUAUCUGUGAGUGCUACGGAGCGACAGAAGGAAAUGUUGGCUUCGUCAACUACAUUGGGAAAAUUGGAGCAAUUGGCAAAGAGCAUUUUCUACACAAGAUGGGAUAUUCAUAUGCACUCAUAAGGUACGACACAGAGAAAGAGGAGCCAGUCAAAGACUCCAGAGGCUUUUGUAUUGAAGUACCUAGAGGAGAGACCGGUUUGUUGGUGGCAAAGAUCGGAGAAAGAACACCUUUCAGCGGUUACGCCAAGAACAGGCAGCAGACCGAGAAGAAGAAGCUGAGGGAUGUGUUUGUGAAGGGAGACCUCUACUUUAACAGUGGUGACCUCCUAAAGAUAGACAAUGAAGGCUUUAUCUUCUUUCAAGACCGCAUUGGAGACACUUUCAGGUGGAAAGGGGAAAAUGUGGCAACCACAGAGGUAGCUGAUCUUUUGCUCAUGGUGGACUGCAUUGAGGAGGCUAAUGUCUAUGGUGUGAAGGUGCCAGGACACGAGGGAAGAAUUGGAAUGGCAGCACUAAAGCUAAAGAAAAGCAUGGACUUUGACAGCAAAGCUACAUAUCGGCACGUCAAAAACCACCUCCCCAGCUAUGCAAGGCCACGCUUCGUUCGUAUACAGGAUGCGCUGGCAGUGACCGGGACGUUUAAGCAAACGAAGGUGAAGCUGGCAGAGGAAGGCUUCAACCCUGCUGUCGUCCCAGAUCCUCUGUUCUACCUGGAGGACAACAAAGGCUACGUACCCAUGACCCAGGAGAUAUUCAGCUCCAUCGAAGAGGGAAGAAUCAGGCUCUGAAUGAGUUCAGUGUUUAUUAUUAGAUCGUCAACCUCAAAUAUUACAUUUGAUUGUUAGCCUUUAGCUGAUACAGGAUGCCUAAUAAUGCUGGAAUAACCUGCACAUUGAGCGUGUCUGUGCAGCACAUUUCAUCAGCUACUUUACCUUCUGUGAGGAUAUUGUGCAGUGAAAUA